UCCAUCCCACACCAGCAACCAUGCGUGUGGAGACCUGUCACUUCUGUUCCCGCCCGGCCUUCCCCGGGAAGGGCAUCACAUUCGUCCGCAAUGACGCCCGACAAUUCCGUUUCUGCCGCUCCAAGUGCCACAAGAACUUCAAGAUGAAGCGUCAGCCCCGCAAGCUGAAGUGGACCAAGAGUCACCGUGCCGCCCGAGGCAAGGAGAUGAUCGUGGACUCGUCGCUGGUUCUGUCCCAGUUCGCCAAGAAGCGCAACGUCCCCGUCAAGUACGACCGCAACCUGGUCGCCGCCACCGUCAACGCCAUGCAGCGUGUCGAGGAGAUUCGCCAGCGCCGCGAGCGUGUCUUCACCAAGCGCCGUCUGGCCGGCAAGUUGGCUCGCGACCGCCAGCGCGAGGCCGACCGCAAGGUCGUCGCCGAGGGCGAGCACCUUAUCCGCAAGGAGCUGCGCGAGCGGGAGGAGGGCCGUCCCAUGGUGGCCGAGCAGAGCAAGGUUGCCAACCGGGUUCACGGUGGAGAUCUGUUCAAGCAGAAGAAGAAGGCCAAGGUGUUGGUCGAUGGUGGUGUCGAGGAGGAGGCGAUGGACAUGGAUUAA